AUGACCCAACCGAAAGAUCAUUGGUCCGCUGAGGCGUAUUCGACCUCCGCAUCGUUUGUGCCUAAGUUGGCUCAAACACUCCUACAGUUUCUGGACCCUCAGCCUACAGAUAAGAUCCUGGAUGUAGGCUGCGGUGAUGGAAAGUUCACAGAGGCAUUUAUCCCUGCGGUGGAGACUGUACUAGGCGUGGACUCGUCCCCCGCCAUGAUUGAAUCUGCAACAAAAGACUAUGGCGGCCCAAAGGCGGAGUUCCGUGUGGUGGACUGCUGUUACUUGGACAGAGAAUCGUCCAUUGUCAACGGAACCUGGGAUAAAGUGAUCUCGAAUGCGGCGUUGCAUUGGAUUCUCCGGAAUGAAUCCACACGCAUGUCUACCCUCAAAGCCAUAUACGCCUGUCUCAAGCAGGGUGGAACAUAUGUGUUUGAGAUGGGCGGACAUGGAAAUGUCUCUGAGGUGCACACUGCACUUAUCUUUGCGCUUGUGCAACAAGGCAUCCCAAUCGAAAAAGCAAGGAAAACAUCUCCAUGGUUCUUCCCAUCAGUCUCAUGGAUGACCAAUGAAUUGCAAGAGAUAGGCUUCAAAGUGGAAAAGAUGGAGACUGAAUAUCGACCAACAAAGCUUACCGAUGCAGCAAAUGGAGGACUGGCAGGCUGGGUCAGACUUAUGGGUGCUCCAUUCCUGGAUGUCCUUCCUGCUGAAAAACGUGAGGCAGUAGUCCAGCAGGUAUGUGAGGUCCUUCAGACUGUAGUAACGCGACAUGAGGACGGUAGCCAAUGGCUAGGAUAUGUGCGGCUAAGGGGAAUCGCUAAAAAACCAUAA